CUCUAGCUCGCUCAGGAACUCUUUCUCUCUCUCUAUAGCUCGCUGAGGAAGACGAAGCUCUCUCUUUCUCUCUCUAGCUCGCAAACGAAGAUGAAGCUCUCCGUCUAGUUCGCAACAGUCUCUAAUCAAUCAUUGAGUAACUUAGCCAUGGAUGCAGAACCUUAUGCGAGGUGCACGUAUAUGUUUGAGACGAUCAUGUUCAUUCUUGAUAUGAAGCAUACGUUUAAUGAUAUUGUGAGGGAGGUCUCUAUCGGUUUUAAUCAUUUGAAUCUUGGUUCAUUCAACUUGAGGUACUCUUUCCCUGGAUAUAAAAGCUGUGUGUUAUCAAGUGAUAUGGAUGUAAAACUGAUGUUUAGGUGUAUGUUUGAUUUCAAAUUGAAUUCUGUUGAUAUUUUGGUGAGGGAUUCUAAUGGGAGCACCAUUUUGGUGCCUUAUUGUGGUGGGAGUAGUAGUUCUACUUCUGCAACAACAUCUUUGGAUGAUGUUUCAUGUGCUUCUUCAUGUUUGUCAGUGGGUUCAAGCAAUAUGAUUGAUGCUAGUGAAUACUUGGGGUGUUAUAGGCCAGAGGCUCCAAAGAGUUAUCUUACUCAUGAGUGGCAGGGCUUUAUAAGGCAUAAGGAUCAAAAGUUCGAAGGGGGGGUGAUAGAAUUUAGAGAAAAGUUGACCAAGUUUGCUAUUGAAACUGGUUUUCUUUUUAAGUACACACGGAAUACCUCAAGUCGUGUUAUUGCAGAGUGUGCUAAGAGAUAUUCUGAUGGUUGUCAAUGGUCUAUUCGCGCUUUGAAGAACAAGGUGAAUGGCUUUUUCUACAUAAAGAAGUUGGAUAAUGUUCACACAUGCAAAGGAGUUCUUAGGCAGCAAAAGAGUAAGCUUUUGGGGUCUCAUGUUGUGAAAUCGGAGAUUGCUAAUGAGUUGAAGUCCAAUCCUCAACUCAAGCCUAAAGAGAUUGUGUCUCGUUUCAAGCAUUCUUUUGGUUUAGAUGUGUCUUAUAGGACUGCUUGGUAUGGGAAGGAGUUGGCUAGAAAAGCUGUCCAUGGUCAUGAUGGUGACUCAUAUUCUCAGCUGCUUUGGUAUCGUGAUGCUAUUUUAUCUAGUAAUCCGGGCUCUUAUUGCAUAUUGGAAACUGAUCCUUUAAGUAAUCGUUUUGAACGUUUCUUCAUUUGUUUUUCUGGUUGCAUUGAGGGCUUUAAGUCAUGCAUUCCGCUUCUGUUUGUGGAUGCUGCUCAUUUGAAGAGCAAGUAUAAGGGAUACAUGCUCUGUGCUACUGGAAAGAAUGGAAACCAAGAGUUCUUCCCCUUUGCAUUUGCAGUUGUAGAUUCUGAAAAUCAUGCGAAUUGGGAUUGGUUUUUUGAUCAUCUAUAUAACAUCUUGUCUCCGCAAGGUAGAAAUGUGACUUUUGUUACUGAUCGACACAGCGGACUGUUGAAUGUUGUUGUCAGGGAGAAUGUUAGAGGUUUGUACCGAAAGCAAUCUGGAAAUUAUUUUGUUGACAAGAUUGUGGAGGAAUUUAUGAAGGUUGCUUAUUCACCUACCUUAGCAAGCUAUAACUUCAACUUGCACAACUUGAAGAAAGAAGGUGGUCCGCCUAUUGAAGAGUUUCUGCGAUCUUUGCCGUUGGAAAAGUGGUGCAAUGCAUUUUUCAAAGGAAACAGGUAUGGUGAAAUGGCAAAUAGUAUUGCCGAGUCAUUUAACAAUUGGACUAGAGAUUUGCGUGAGCUUCCUAUAUUUGAGAUGUUUGAAGGCUUAAGGGUUAAGGUUAUGGAGAAUAUGUCUGAGAGGAAGGUUGCAUCCAAGAGGUGGACCACUAUUUUGUGUCCUCCAAUGGAGGCUUUGUUGAAGAAAUCAAUGGAUAUUGGGCGGCAUUGGGCUGUUAGUAUGUCUAGUGAGACUGUUUUUGAAGUUCAUUCAGAUAAAUCAGUGGCGGUUGAUCUUGGGAACAGCACUUGCUCUUGCCGUCAAUGGCAAAUUAAUUCAUUCCCAUGUUCACAUGCUCUUGCUGCAAUCCAAAAGGUUGGAGUGGAACCUGUGUAUAGUUACAUUGAGCCGUUCUACACCUGUCAAAGCUACAGGGAUUCCUACGCACAUGGUAUUCAUCCUAUACCAAAUAUGGAGAAGUUUUAUGAAGAUGCAGCUAGUUCAACUUCUGUUGUUAAGCUUCCAUUGGUUAGGAGGCCAUCCGGCCGGCCAAAAUCUGUUCGAAUGAAGUCUGCAGCAGAAGGAGGCACAAGGAGGCGUAUCAAAUGUGGCCGGUGUGGUGAGUUGGGGCGCCACAACAAGCUAACGUGUACUGCACCAAUUUGA